AUGUACAUACAUACACAGACACAUGUACACACAGACACAUGUACGUACAUACACACACACACACACAGACACAUGUACACACACACAGACACAUGUACAGAUACACACAUGUACAUACACACAGACACACACACACACACCCAUAAAAAAUUGCAGUACUUCAUUGUUCACUCACAGAGCCGGGUACUGCACUCUAGGGGGAGCCAGAGAGCACAGCACACACUCCUUGCUUUGCUUUCACUGCGCUCAGCUAUUGAGCGCUCAGCUCCCAGUGCCAAUGAGAGAUCCGGCCUGAGCUCCGAGCCUGCUCAGCAAGACGGCCCUGAGGGACACACUCGCCCCCACCAUAAUUUCCACUCGCCAUUGGCAAGCAGGCAAGUGGAAAUUUCAAGCCCUGGUCUAAUG